AAUCAUACCAUUUGCAGAUUUUGAGUUUAGACUGCUAUGCUUUCUCAUAUGAUUUUUUCGUUCGACUUGAAGCGUGGUGGGGUGAGAGCAAAGUGUCACUGUCAAACGACUCUAACCUAACCUAACAUUUGGGGGAAGCGAAACACGUUUGCUUGACUGUGGAUAUUUUUUGUAUUAGCCUCACAUUAAAUUUAAGAAUUGUGUGUAGUAGUGAAAAUUUUAUACAAUGAAUAGUGAACAAGUGGCAAAAUAUCAAAGUGGUUUACUGUGCUUGAUUGUGGGGUUAUUAAAAAGAAAGCAAUCGAGACGUAAUAAAGUUAAACGAACUUUAUGGAGUAGGAAAUGGCUUCUGAGAAGAGACGAAGGCCGUGGACUUGGGUGUAUGGUACUUAAAGAAUUAAAAUAUGAAGAUCCCGUUAGUUUUAAAAAUUUUACAAGAAUGAGCAUCGCUACAUUUGAAAAAUUGUUGACCAAAAUUGAACCCCAUAUUUCUAGACAUGACACAAUGUUACGUGAAAGUAUUAGUGCCAGAGUCCGGCUUCUAUUGACUUUAAGAUUUCUUGCGACUGGGGAAAGGUACAUAAAUCUGCACUAUAGUUUUAGAAUAUCUGUACCAAGCAUCUCUCUUAUUAUACCAGAAACGGUGGCAGCUGUUUAUAAGGUCUUAAAAGAUGAAUAUCUUGUGACACCCACCACAUCCUCCGAAUGGAAGAAAAUAAGUGAUGAAUUUUACAAAUUAUGGAACUUUCCGAAUUGUUUGGGAGCUUUGGAUGGAAAACAUAUAGCUUUCCGGGCAACAAAAAAAGAUGGCUCUUUUUACUACAACUAUAAAGGGUUUCAUUCGAUUGUUCUAAUGGCACUGGUAGAUGCUCAGUAUAAUUUUACUUAUGUUGAUGUCGGAUGUAAUGGAAGAGUUAGUGAUGGUGGUGUAUUUUCUAAUAGUACAUUGUAUACAGCAAUUGAACAAAAUGCUUUAAAUUUCCCUAAUGAUGAAAAACUUCCUCAGAGUAACGUGGAAGUCCCAUACGUAAUUGUAACUGAUGAAGCUUUCAGACUAACCAAACGAAUGAUGAAGCCUUGGGGUCAACGUUCGUCAAUUUCAGAAAAGAUCUUCAAUUAUCGCCUUAGUCGUGCACGGCGAGUUGUUGAAAAUGCGUUUGGAAUUCUAGCUAACAGAUUUCAAAUUUUACAAAGGGAUAUUAACUUAUCAGUUGAUAAAGUUCAGGAUAUUACUUUGACGUGUUGCGUUCUGCAUAACUACAUUAAAAAAAACGACGGAAAAAGUUAUCUUCAAGGUAUAGAUCACGAAAAUACUGAAUCUGUUAAUAUAACAAAUGGUAGUUGGAGAGAAGAAGUUUUCUCAACAAGUUUACAAGCAUGUACGGUUAAUCGAUCUCCAAAUGAUGCAAUGAAGAUCAGGUCAAUUUUCACCAAAUAUUUUAAUAAAGAAGGAUUUGUGCCGUGGCAAUGGGAAGCAGUAAAAAAAUUUAAUUUUUAAGUGAAUUUAUUAUACAUCAUUUAUCUCGAUGCCAAUCUUUUUACGUUGAAUAAACUGUUUUUUAAAAUGGU